AAAACGUGAGGGCGUCGGGUGCUACUUUAAAAGCUGUCCCCCUCCCGCGCCGGAAGCUGCCACUCUCCCAGCGGAAGAGGCGUGACCAGGUCGCAGUCUGGCUAUGUCCACCAACAAUAUGUCCGACCCACGGAGGCCCAACAAAGUGCUCAGGUACAAGCCUCCGCCGAGCGAGAGUAACCCGGCCCUGGACGACCCGACGCCGGACUACAUGAACCUGCUGGGCAUGAUCUUCAGCAUGUGCGGCCUCAUGCUUAAGCUGAAGUGGUGCGCUUGGGUUGCCGUCUACUGCUCCUUCAUCAGCUUUGCCAAUUCCCGGAGCUCGGAGGACACCAAGCAGAUGAUGAGUAGCUUUAUGUUGUCUAUCUCUGCUGUGGUGAUGUCCUAUUUACAGAACCCUCAGCCCAUGACGCCCCCCUGGUGAUGUCAUCCUCAAGGGGUCACAGUGUGGACUCCCUUUAUCCACCUUCCUGGCGUAGCCUUUGGCUGUCUCCACCUCUUGCCCUCAGCUGCUGCCUUAGGUAUGCUCAGGGCCCCCAGCUGGAUGGAGAGAACCUGAUUUUUUUUUUCCCCUGGGGUUCCACUUCUGCUCCAUUGUAGAGGGAAAAGCCUUAGGCUUACCAUUUUUGUGUUCCCUGCCCUGACAUGCUGUGGGGGAGACAUUUAAUAUUUCAGAGUGUAUUUGUUUUCUGUGGAAAGUGUUGAUUAAAUAAAGUUUUUCACUCUGGCC